AUCUCGAAGACAGUCAUUAUCUAUCAUCGCUGAUCAUAGUUUAUCAAAAAUGUUAAAUUUCCAAUUAAAAAUUUCAUAUAAAAGAUAUACACUCGCGUAAACAACCUAGGAAUAUUAAUCCUAAAUUUAUGCUCUUUAGAUGAUGAGAUAGUGUCUCUUUUAAUCGAUGAAGAUGCGUUGCAAAUCAAGAAUCUUUCGAUACUUGUAAACAAUCGUAUUUACACUUAAAUUUCAUAAUAAUAGAGAAAUAUAGAAAUAGACAAAGUAAUGUAAUGUUACAUUUUAUAAUCUUUGCCAGUUAUAAUGACUCAUAUUGGAGGUUAGGUUGGUAAACUUUUUUAUAAAAAUAACUGAUGACAAGUGAAGAAGUUAUCUUGUUUGUUAAAAUUACUCACUUAUCGAUUGGCGGGGUAUAGAUAACGUACUGUAUAUAUGACAUAGUAUCUAUCAGAAAAUUGAUAGUGUUAAUAAGCUUUCCUUAAUUAUUAGGUUGAAAUAUCUGUUCAUGUAUUAAAUCAUAUUUAUAUCAAUCUUAAUUCAUACCGUUAAAAAUGUCUAAAAAAAUUAUUCAAACAUUUAUAUUCUUUGAUUUGGAAACAACUGGAUUAAUUAACAAAAACUUCAUGCCAAAAAUCACAGAACUGUCAUUAAUUGCAGUAUCGAGAAAUGCUAUGUACGAUACUAUAAACUCUUUACCAAGAGUAUUACAUAAAUUAGUUCUACCAAUAGAUCCAGGCAUAGAAAUCUCUGAAACAGUUCACAAAUUGACAGGUUUAUGUAAUGAAAAUAUAGAAGAUGUUCAAGUUUUCAACUGCAAGACAUACAAGUUAGUGGUAGACUUUAUACGUCGACUUACAGCACCAACUUGCUUUGUAGCUUAUAAUGGAAAUAAAUUUGAUUACCCAAUAUUUUUAUCAGAGAUUAAAAAUAUUAAUGAGGUUCUCAAUGAAGAGAUUCUUAGUAUUGACAUGCUCGAUUUAAUUAAAGAUUUCUUUGCAAAUAAAGGAGAUUUUGUAGAAAAAGUAAACGAUGCCCAACAUGGUACUUCUAACCUAUCUAAGACAGAUGAUGUCAGUAAUCUGCUGAAUGAUGGUAACGAUAAAAUGUUAUCUGAUGCAUUAGAUUCUGCCAUGAAUUCAAUCUUUAAUAGCAACAAUAUGAAUGAGUCUUGUUCUAAUAGUACGGUUAACACUCUGAAAAUCAGUUGCUGUAACAAAAUGCAAGAAAUUAAUGAAAAGACACCUGAAAGUCAAAUUAUAAAACUAUCUAAUAAAAACUUUCAGGAUAGUACAAGAAGUAGCGUGAAAAGAAGAUUAAAUUUUACCAGCAGUUGCCCAGUUAACUAUAAGUUAUCUAGCGUUUGUACACAUAUCAUCGGUACUUAUCCUGAAAAUGCGCAUAGUGCAGAAGGAGAUUGUAUUACUAUGAUACGCUGUGCAAUUAAAUUAAAAGACUAUUUUAUUCAAUGGGCUGAUUGCAAUGCGAUGCCUAUGAUCAAUUACAGUUAGAAAUAGCAACUACAAUAUAGACGUGUAUAAAGUACAAAUCAGUAACAGGGGUUUUGGGUUAUGUUAACUUAUUCGCAACAUAGACUAAUUUGUUGCAUGCCGCAGAUAACGUCGAGGCGAGAAGUUCCAAUAAGUGAUGGAGGUAACUUUGUCUCUAUCUAACAAGCGUUUCUGUAUAUAACGAGCAACUUUUAUUAAUGGCUACAGUAAUAUAUUUUUAUUUUUAUUAAGUAUUGACUGAUUAUGUGUAAUAUGUAUAUUAAAUAUAUUAUUUAAUAAGAAUCAUCAAAUAUACAUAUGUCAGAAAAGAUUCUCCACAAUGUUGGUCCUGUGCUUGUGACUAUGAUACAGUUUACAUAUAUUCUAAAUUCAAAUAAAUAACAUUUAAUAGAAAAGUUUUUAUUAAAUAAAUAUAUAAAUAAAGGAUAGUAUUGACAUUGAUAAAUAGUAGGACGAGGAUAAAAGAUAGAGGAAUAUUUUUAUAUGCAUGCCAAAAAUUCUAGGCCUGACAAGUCUAUAUAGAAACAGCGUUAUCUUUGUGAUUUUAAAUAUUUAUUAAAGCUUAUUAUAAAAAUA